AAGUCGGGGUGGGAGGAGGACGCCAUUGCCGCCGCAGCUGGUAGUGAAUGUGUGUGGGAUUCGGCGACUCGAGGUACGGACGCUCGCCCGGCUUGAGGACGAUAAUGUCGGCUAAAAAGUGCUCAAGGGGACCCUCAGUGGAAAUGAGCGAUGGGGAUGAGGAGGAGUAGGAUGUUCAGCUCGCUUGAACAGAGGGAGAAAAUUAGUCUCCCGGUCCUCUCCAGUGAGCUCCCUCCUCAGCAUGAACACCAGUAGGAACUGCACCACGGUGGGCAACGGUGAGGGCCUGGCUGCGCUUGAGUCCGUCUCCAUCGUGACCAUCACCCUCCUGGCUUGCUUGGGCAACCUCCUGAUCGUGGCCACCCUGUACCGCCGCCCUUAUCUACUGACGCCCAGCAACAAGUUCGUCUUCAGCCUCACCCUGUCCAACCUGCUGCUGUCCGCCCUGGUCCUGCCCUUUGUGGCCGUCAGCUCGGCCAAGAGGGAGUGGGUGUUCGGCGUGGUGUGGUGCAACUUCACCGCCCUGCUCUACUUGCUCAUCAGCUCGGCCAGCAUGCUCACCCUGGGGGCCAUCGCCAUUGACAGAUACUACGCAGUGCUCUACCCGAUGAUCUACCCUAUGAAGAUCACAGGGAACAGGGCUGUGGUGGUCCUCGCCUAUGUGUGGUUGCACUCCCUGGUGGGCUGCCUGCCCCCCCUGUUCGGCUGGUCCUCCUUCGAGUUCGACUGCUUCAAGUGGACCUGUGUGGCUUCCUGGCACCGCGACCUGGCAUACACGGCCUUCUGGGUGGCCUGGUGCAUCCUCCCGCCCUUCUUUGUCAUGCUGGCCUGCUACGGUGUCAUCUUCCGCGUGGCCCGAGUCAAAGCCCGGAAAGUGCACUGCGGGACGGUGGUGGUGGCCCAGGAGGACGCUGGCGGGGCACAGAGGAACGGACGCAAGAACUCCAGCACCUCCACGUCGUCCAGCGGCAGCCGGCGGAGCUUGGUGUACUCGGGGAGCCAGUGCAAGGCCUUCGUCACCAUCUUGGUGGUGAUUGGGACUUUCCUCAUUACAUGGGGGCCGUACGUGGGCGUGAUUUGUACCGAGGCCUUGUUCGGACAAGGGAGUGUCUCCCAUGCGCUUGAGACUCUAGUGGCGUGGCUGUCCUUCUGCAGCGCCGUGUGCCAUCCGCUCAUCUACGGCCUGUGGAAUAAGACGGUGAGGAAGGAGCUGUUGGGGAUGUGCUUUGGGGAUCGUUACUACAGAGAGUCCUUCGCCACACGACACAGGACGUCCCGCCUCUUCAGCAUCUCCACCAGGAUCACAGAUUUGGGGAUGUCGCCCCACUUGACGGCCAUGUUGGCCGGCGGAGGGCAGCUGCUGGCCCCGGGGAGCAGCACUGGAGACACUGGCUUCAGUUUCACUCAGGACUCAUGUACAGACGUGGUGCUGCUGGAUAACUUCUCCACCGAUGGCUCCUCCUAUCCGCAUCAUCACAGCAAUCCGUCCGGGAAGAGGAGGAGCUCAGUCACCUUUGAAGACCAGGUGGAGCAUUCCAAAGUGGAGCAAAAAUCAUCAGUGCAGGUCCACGCUGAGGUCCACAAGUCCCUGGACACCUUCGCUUCCUGCUUGGCCAAAAGCAUAGAGAGCGACGUCAAGCUAACCCUCUUCGGAGACACUCUCGCUCUGCCGGCGGGGCUCUGCACGGCGCGGGUGGCGCCGAGGCCCAGAUACCUGGACGGUCAGAGACUGAGGCUGGAGAGCAUUGACGAAGGCAUCGUCAAAGAUGACAGAGACAACGAGGACAACGAGCGGCACUCCCAGAUAAAACCAGCCUGAUGUCAGCCAGUGUGCUCGCUUUCUCCAGAUUGGUUACUACACAGAUUGUUACACUUUCACUUGAAAAGUCAGGUGACAAGAAUGUGGAUUUUAUUCAUUCCUACAUUCAACUACUGCAACAAUAUUGGUGCUUUCCCACUGCACAGUACCGGCUCAGCUCGGUCAAAGUACCACGCCACAUUGAUGCAACAGCUGGAACGACACGCGCUAACAAAUCAUGGAGAAUCAGGGCCUCCUGCAUUUACUUCUCCGCAAAAGGAGACGUUUUAUCCAAGAUGAGACUGAGGGCAGCAAGGAAAAGGAACGCGGCAGCAAUGCAUCCACAGCUAAGUAAAGUGUUACAUUACCAGAAAUGGUACCUGGUAGUACCUGUUUUUGCUGGUGGAAAUGCAUCAAUAGUGAGUAGAGCCAGGGCAAGUAGGUACCAAGCAGUAGAAAGUGGCAUAAUUGCUCAGAUUUAAUACAAAAUUAAAAUCUGUGUACUACUAUAUUACUGUAUAUACAUUCAGUUUCCACUAGCAGCAGAACUAUUGGCUUGCUUUUUUUUUUUUUUUUUUUUUUACAUUUGAAGAGGAUUACUAGCUUGUAAUCAUUUUUGUUUCUGUUUUGCAUACAGUAGAUGUACGUACGUUUGUUCUCUGUAUAUGUGGUAAAACCUGACGUCAGAAGUUCAGCAAGGAACCCUGGGAGAAUGUAUAAGCAUUUAAUUACUAAGCACAUCGACAGCGCUUCAGUCUGACCUCAUAUUAGUUAGAAUUGAUUUGUUUCAAUGGUACGAUUUUAUUUUUAUUUUUAUAAAAGGAAAGUGACAGAAAUGUAACCCUUUGAUAUUUCCUCAAAUACUUGUAUCGAGUUUCUAUAAAAGGUGUAAACCAUGGUGCUCGUUCAGUGCAUUCAGUGCAUCGUUGAGUCAUUCAGUUAGUCGAAUGAGAGAGCAGCAGCACAUUUGUCACGCAGACAUCUUUUGAGAUGCCCUGUUGCUUUAUUUGUUUUUUUCUUCAAAAUUCUGUAAAAGAUUAAUUUAUCAAUGUGAACACUCGGGCGGGGGGUGAGUUAUAAUAGAUUUUGUUCUUUUGGGUUUUUUCUUUCAUCGCUUUAAAUCCAACUCUGAAACAUGAUGAUGUUAACUCCCUCCCAACAUAUUAUAAUAAUAAUAAAAAUAAUAUUGCACUUAAUCUUACACGCCACUCACAGCUGAUGUAUACAGACACCUUUGCGUUCACACACACACACACACACACACACACGCAUGAGCAGAGUUCACCCUUAUACAUAAACAUUCGUAAGAAAGUCUUUAAAAAAAAAAAAAAAGACAGCUGAAGAGGGGCAGGGCUAGAAAUGACACCAAAAAGGAAGGAAGUAUUCUACACUUGUACAAAUCUCAAGAAGUGCUCUGGAGCAAAAAAAAAAAAAAAAAAAAAAAGUGUUUUCUUUAAAAUAAGGAGU